AUGCGCGCACCCAACCGCCAGGAACUUUCAUCCCGCGUGUCGCUGCACCGCCCUCCAACUCGCUGCUCAUCGCUCGCGCCGCCGCUCCGCCUCCACACCGACGAGAUGUCGCCCCGUAGCUGCCCGAGCUCCAGCUACCGCGGCGUCCGCGCGCGGCCGAACGGCACGUUCUACGCCGAGAUCCGCAGCGGCGACAAGCGCAUCGGGCUCGGGACCUUCGAGAUGGCGCACGAGGCGGCGCGCGCGUACGACGUGGUCGGCUGGCGCCUCGGCCGCUCCCGGCGAUCGAUGAAUUUCAACGAUGUCUGGACGCGGCAACAGGCGGAAGUGCUCAUGCUGCCGCCGGCCGGCACGCGCGAGCUCGAGUAG